AUGUCGCAAGCACCUCCGACUCCCUUUUACCCCUCCAGUCAGGCCACACAGAAGACACCGCUGAACAUGCCCCAGCUGCCUUUGUACGAGUCGGCAUCAACCGCAUCUGAAGACGAAAUGAACUACGAGGGGAGCCAGGCCGCGGAUCCCCCCACGCCUCAGCCUUCUCGCGCGUCGUCUGCGUCUGGCCGUCAUGCCUAUCCGGAGCCGGAGCCGGAUGAAGAGCUCGACCAGCUGAAACGAGAGCAUGAGGAGCAAGGCAGAAAAAUCCAGGACAGGUCAGCCAAAAGGGUCAACGACCUACACGUCAAAGCCGCCCGGGACGUUCAGGCCUUGCUGGACUGUGUAGACGCAACUCGUGCACGCCUCAAGGACUGCCCUGUCAGCUUUUCUCUGACUCUGGCCACGGCCCAGCCGCAGCAAACCGUUCGCAGAGACGGCUACGACGGAACCUUGGACGCAGUGUCCCAGUUGCUGCAACGCUGCCGCACGAUAUUGCAAAACCCGCAGGCUGAGCCGGCUGAGCCGGCGGACUUGGAGCUUCUGACUGCUCCCUUCCCCAUGAAUGAACAACAAGACAUCGCGCAGCUCGUGGCUAACGCGUGCUUAAACUCAAAAAAUGAUGAGAAUUGGCCGUGGGACAACAACUACCAGGGAAAUUCUUUCUGUGCACUCCCACAAUGA